AUGGCAUCAUUCUUGUUCAGCGUCUCAUGCAUCGCACCUCAAUCAAUUCCGAUUUUAUCACCAAUUCACACACCAAGUGGUUUCUCAAGCCCCGAAUUCACUUCACCUCCUCCACCACCUCCUGGCUAUCAACAACUAACAACUUCCCCUACAUCCAAUAAUUAUUUCCAUUACCCUCAAGACACGACAACGUCAUCAUAUGAUCAACAACGACGUCAAUCAUAUACAUCUGUUACAUCGUCAAAUGGGUCACUUUCUCCAAACCUAGCGUAUCAUUCUCAACAUUUUCAUCGACGUCAUCACGAUAAUAAUGGUAUUAAUACUACUACAACUAAUACAAUAGCAACCAAUGCCGAGAAAAGACGACGUAAUGCAGGUGCUUCAGCUCGCUUUCGUGAUCGACGAAAGCAGCGUGAGCGUGACAUGCAAGAGAAAUGUCAGUUCCUUGAAAGGCGUGUUCAAGAAUUGGAGAGUCUGGAUACCGCGAAACGAAUAAGUGAAUUGGAACGAAGACUGGAGGAAGCAAAUUCCGAGAAACAUAAUGCGAAAUCGAAAAUUCGUGAAUUGGAAGAUGAGGUAUCUGUUCACGAUUAUCUUACUCCACCGUCGUCAUCAGGCGAAUCAGAUGCAAAAGAAUACUAUUCACCGCAGUCUCGAUCUUCACGAUCUUCUUCAAUUCAAGGUAAAUUCCACUAUCGUGUGCACACGAUUGCACCUCCUAAACCGAAAAAAGAAACUAACGAAAAUCCGAAUUGUGACUUUUCAUAA